UUCUAAGUAGACCAUUGGGUUACUACUUAAUACAAUUUCUUUCUCAUUAAACUAAAUCUCGGUCAGCCGUUGACCAUCAUUUUUUAUCUGUUGUUCUUAAACACUAGUAGGUUCUUGACAUUUUAUUUACAUUUCUGUGAUAUUUUAUUUAAAAAAAUCUGUGAAAAGAAGUGCUUGUUUUAAAUAAUGAAAAUAGAUAUAGUGUAUUGUCUAGGUUGUUUUUAUGUUAGUGGGUUGCUUUUUAUUGAAGUUUAUGGGCAAAUAGGAGCAUAUUUUGACCUACGGUAUUGGCGAUGUGUUCUCAAAAAAGAAUAUGAUUGUCCAGAUGAUGAUAUUCAGUACUACUUAUAUACACCUCAUUCAGGUCGUCGGAGGCUUCGAAUCGAUAUACGAAAUCCCUUAUCGCUGAAAUUGUCAGGAUUUAAUGCUGACAAAAGAAACGUUUUCAUCAUUCAUGGAUUUAAUGGAACAGAAAGCAAAACACCUAUGACAAUAUUAAGAGAUGCAUACUUAUUUAGAGCUGACCAUAAUAUAUUUACAAUCAAUUGGGGUGACCUUACAAACUUUCCGUGUUAUUUAUCUUCGUUAUCUAACACAAGACUUGUGGCUCAAUGUACAGCAAAGCUCUACGCUUUUGUAAUGGCCAAUGGAGGAAAAGCUGAAAAAACCACUUGUGUUGGACAUUCUCUCGGAGCUCACAUUUGUGGAAUGGUUAGCAACCAUUUAACAGUAAAACAGCAUACAAUCAUUGGUUUAGAUCCAGCCCGGCCUCUUAUAGAUAGAUAUUCGAAUAAACACUUUCGACUAACCAAAGAUGAUGCUUAUCAUGUUCAAAUUAUUCACACCAACGCCGGUUUUUUGGGGGAAGUUGAUCAGCUUGGACAUGUAGAUUUUUGUGUCAAUGGAGGCACUACCCAGCCCGGGUGUAAAGGGAAUGCAUUACGUGUAUCUCGAUGCAGUCAUUUUCAGUCCGCAUGUUUUUUUGCAAAAUCACUAAAAUAUCCAACAUCAAUAAUUGGGAAGCCAUGUACACAAUCAUGUCCGAAAAAAGGCCGUAAUUGGGGAUUACUUCCUGGUAAAUCGAUACCUAUGGGGUUGGAAGCUCCAUAUGGGGCUUUUGGGACAUACUGUGUUCAUACAGAAACAAAAAAAGGCUGCCCCUUUGAAUAGAAUUAAUUAACUUUUAAAUAAAUAAAAAGACUGUAUAAGAUAAUAAACGAAAUUCCUGUAUUUUA